AUGCCUGGAUACUGUCACGAGUGUGUGGCCUUCUGCUUCACAGUGCAGCUGCAGCCAGUGGAUCCAGCCUCUGUGGAGAACACGCUCCUGCGAGGUGGUCCACUGGCAGGCGAGUACCAGUUUCUCCAGCUGCACUUCCACUGGGGGGAGAGCGACGACAUGGGCAGCGAGCACGCUCUUGAUGGCUCCUACUAUGCUAUGGAGAUGCAUAUGGUAUUUUCAAGAAAAGCAGCACGUGGCAAGCAGAAUAACUAUAGGGAACAUGGUGAUGCAGCAGUAUUGGCGGUCUUCCUGGAGCUGGCUGACGAUAACAACCCUACACUAAGGCCCGUGGUGUCACACCUGCGACAACUGCAGGAGGUGGACUCCGAGGUGCAGCCACAGAUGUCCAUGUCUACCGCAAAACUGGUCCCUGAAGAGCGGGGCAGCCUGCUGGUGUACAAUGGGUCGCUCACCACGCCACCGUGCUCGGAGACCGUCACCUGGAUCAUCUUCCGUCAGCCAAUCACUGUCUCUUCCAAUCAGGUGGCGGCCUUCAGGAGGGUGAAGUCCCCACACGGACUGCUGAGAAAGAACAGAAGGCCGGUGCAGCCGCUGAACGACCGGACCGUGUACGCUGUGUAUCCGAACCGCAAGUUCACGGAGAGUGCCACAGCUCGCAAUGUGUCUCCAGAACCCAGGUUCAGGGAGACCACCACACGAUCCAGGCUGUUCUUCCUGUGUGCGCUGCUACUGCACUCCAUGCACUACCUCUAG